GCAGACAUUGUUGAUUUUGUUGAUUUUUUUUUUCUUGCUGGCGAUGAUACAGAAAGUAUAUACGCGUAUUCUAUCCUUGCUAGCCCUUCCGAUUCCCUUCGAGCGGUGUUAGUGAACCAUGGGAAAAAUCAGAUGUGGUGGCAGUAACAGAUCAAGAGGCGUCCAAGAGAAGAGAUUUUCAAAGAUAAAAGAGCAUCUUCUAGAGUUGGGCUAUACCGAGCAAGACGUUAGAGGUAUUAAAUAUAAUCAAUCUGCGGACCGAGACAAUGAGCUCACCUCAAGAGGUUGGAACAUGAUACGCUCAGGUCUCGAGGCAAAAAUUCAGCAAAAUUGCGUUCAGCAAGCCAAAGUGGAAUGUAGAGCAACCCUAUAUAAGCGUGCUAACAUUGUUAAAGGUCUCCUCAAAACAUACAAGCAAAACUUUCUGCCUAUAAUUUGGCAGGAUAUGCCUCCAUAUAUAGAUGUUUGCAUGUUCCCCAUGUUCAAGGCGAUCUUGAACCAUCCCACGGAGGACAAUGUCAUGGAGGACAGUUUCGCUGAUGCCAUGAAUGAGCUCCCAGAUCUCAUUGCUGAUUGGCAGCAGCGCAGGGAGGCUGAUUUAUGGACAGCAGUCACGACACAUUUUCAGCCUGCAGACGGCAUUGAUCCCUUGAAGCUAGCAAUAGCAGUCUUCUCCUGCAAAAGCAAAGAGUGUCCCGGCCACUUCACGAACACAGAUAUCUGGCAGCACCAGUGUCCUUCUCAUGGUUCAUCGAAUAAUACAUGGUAUUCCAGUGUCUCAGAGAUCCAGAACGCCAGUGAUCUGUAUAAGAAUUUGGGGUACUGGGAACUCUCCUUUGAUACUAUGCGAUCUGCCAAAGUUGCUGAUGUAGUAUGCCUUGCCUCCCGUGACCCAGCCACAACUACUGCGGAGGAGAUGGAUGUCUUGGAUUUCCGAUUCGUCACUCUAGACUGCCGUGUUCAAGAGUAUGCUUCAGUCGGGGGAAAUGUCACUUUGCAUGGGCGUCCUGUCCUUUCAUGGCAGCUACUAUUCAAGGCCUGGGGCCUGGGUGAAGUUCAUUUACUCAUGCCGGAGGACAAAGCCAAGAAGCAACAUGUUCUCCGAAGACCGUGGAGGCAGAAAUAUAGUGUUUUUUGCUGUCAGCAUUGUUCGGAUAAUCUCGACAAUCCAAAGUCAUAUGAGGAGGUUACUGGGCAUGCUCGAGACAUGCAUGGUAUCGACACUCCCAAGAUUAACCACGACUUGUUCCUGACUCCUGGUGCAGAGCUGCUCGAGGAGCUGCCAUUGUACAUACUGGAAUUUGAAAAGCCAAGAACUUCUUGGCCAUCGUACUUCAAUUACUAA